ACAGCUGAGCAUAGCGCGGCGCGCGCCGGGGGUGCCGAGUGGUACUGGAAUCGGGAGUAAAAAGAGCCGGUAUUAAGUGGCUGAUAAUAUACCCCAACAAGACAUUGAUUACCUACGCAAUGAGAUGUUACAUCCGUGGUCCACGAUAAGACCUUGGGAUCUCGCUAUAUAGCUCUCGCCCCUUGUCGCCUGUUGGUCACAACUGGUUGCCGUCUUAUCCUCGCGCGGGUUGUGACCCGACAUGCAUGACAGCCCCGCCCCUAAAAUUGCCGAGAUUCGUUCGGGUCUAAAACCGCUGUGAUUGGUGGAGGCAACUGUAUAAAUAAGCCUUUAAUUUGAUUAGGAGCCAAUGGGAAAACAGAUCGGCCAAUUAGCAUGACUAACGACGCGAGUGACAGGUCGCGGAUGUGAUGUGCCCGGCCUGUGCGCGCUUUCUCUCCCUGGGACCGGCUGGCCCUGAUUGCCUCGUUAGCUGAACUCGGCUCAAGCCGCCUAUAUGAACGAGUUUAUUAUAGUCUAGCCGCAUGAUCAACCUCCCGAGUACGUCAGAUGACGAGGCACGCUUGCCGUCACCUUAAACACUGAAGUGAGCAGAGGAGACGUACCACACGGUUCAUUCAACGCUAUGACUUGCAAUGAUGCAAACACUGUCACUGGACGGUUGGUCAGGCUUUUCACGUGCAUGAUUAAGGCAUAACGGUAUUCCGCAUAUCAACAUUUGGACCGAAAGUUGGGUAUAAAAAGUCAAACCGAGGAGCUAGUCUUGGAUAAAUAUACGAGCUCGUCAAUUUCAACCUGGUGAAUUGUUGUUAAGACACUGUGGUCGCCAUGGCUUUAGCACCAGCGCUAGGCAGCCACGGUGGUGUGUACAUACCUUACCAGAGGGUCUCCACGGUUCGUUUACAACUCCAGCCGGUCCAUCCUCGGAGCAACCCGAGGCCUUACACAUCGUUCUUCAUCAAAGACAUCCUUGGCUCGAAGAUUGGCGGGGUGGAGCGGGACAGCGGCGAUGCCACGACGCCCUGCCCGCGGCCCACUUCCCCCAGCUCCGGUUCCCCCUGGUCCGUUCCGGCCACCGCCGCCGCGGCCGCGACCGCUGCCGCCCCCGGAGCAUCGCAGCCGUCUCCGCCGGGCAAAGACGCCAAUUUCCCCGUGCGCGACGCGGAGAAGACGUUACCCUCUCCGUCUUGCGGGAUUAUCAAGAAGGACGCUAACGGCUCGCCACUGUCGGCGCUGGAGGAACUGGCCAACAAGACGUUCACUGGACUUGAAACCAGCAUUCUCAGAGCAGCUGAAGCAGCCACUGUGAACGGCAAGCGGGAUCCUCUGCACCUCUUCAACCGACAACCGCCCCGCAAGAAGCGCAAGUCCCGCACGGCCUUCAACAACCAGCAGAUCUUCGAGCUGGAGCGCCGUUUCCUGUACCAGAAGUACCUGACACCGGCCGACCGAGACGAGAUCGCCUCGGUGCUGGGGCUGUCCAACGCCCAGGUCAUCACCUGGUUUCAGAACCGGCGAGCCAAGCUCAAGCGGGACAUGGAGGAACUGACGAUGGAUGUCACGGCCACGUCCAAGAAGUGCACCGAUUUGAAUAUAGCCGCCGAUGACACGGCAGCGCUGGCGGCGUCGGCCGCGGCAGCGACCAAGACCUCGCCCUGCUUCAAGGAGGAAGACGGAGACGAGGACGACGACGAGGAAGACCGGCUGAGCACCGUGUCAGAGCAGCAGCAGUGCCGGGAGCAGUUCAGCCUCAGACUGGCAUCAGCCGACGAUAACUCUCUACACCAUCGCCGACAUCACCACCAACAUCUGCAUCAACACCACCGUCACAUGAAUCUCAACGCGGGGGAUACGCCCAACGGCCAGGAGUCCGGCGAGAGCAACGAACCGGUGAACAUCGAGGCGGUUUCCCCAGGUGACAACGGCGGGUUGGAGGCCGGCUCAUGCUUCGCAGCUAACAACGCCGUGCACGGUACGGAAGGAGAAGAGGAAGAAAGCAUGGACUGCAGCACCUCGCCCUCAAGUGGAUUUCAUUCCGACAGCGAAGACAAGUAAAUUCCAUCCAACUGCAUGAGCCAUUGAACCACACACCGGCCAUCGUGGACUAGUAUACCGGAGACAGGAUUGUGUAACAUCACAGGAUCCCUAUACCGAUACCAAACUAUUUUGAUGCCACAGUGGCCAUCUUGGACUUGUAUCCCGAAUGCAAGACCCUAUUCAACACCGGAGGAUCCCUCCGCUACAGAACCAAUUGCUGUUAUCAAAAUCUUGACUCGUUUUAGAAAACGAGAUAUCCGGAGACUGAAUUCAGACAAUUUCUUCGGAACAUCUUCCCGGAAUUCACCUUUUGUACAAAAAGUUGUAAAUUUCAGUGCCUUUGGUCUCAAGCGAGACGUUGUAUAUACUUGAUUGGAAAUAACCAGAUCUCUGUAGUUUCCAGAGAUAUCUACCUGUUCAGUGUAUAACAUAAAAAUGUAAAUUGACUCAUUACGCAAAAUAAACGCGCCAGAGCAAGAUGAGCUAAAGACGGUCUGUAGAUAGUGCACGGCGGCUAUAAAUAAUGCUCGCCGACCCUCACAAUUAAUUAAGGCUGAGUUCCACUCGUCAUAAUAAUUUCGUAUUGAAACAAACGGGCAGGGUGGCUGGAAUUUUUGCUAAGUAUGAUUUUUUUAAAGUAAUUAUUGUGAUAAAAGAAGAAACUUAUCAAGUGCCUUUAAGCCGAUCAGUUGAUAGCUAUUUUUCUAAUUAGAGAAGAUUGGAUCCCCAGUCACUCGAUCAUGGGAUCGUUUAUGUAACAUUUACCACAUUGUUCGUGCAUAAUAUGCGGUGACGGCGAUUCAUAUUGACAGAUAAUAUGAAAUCAAGCCUAGAAAAGUAUGCCCAAAUCAAGGCUGACCGAUUAUGUGCUGUAGUACCAAAGUAGAAUACCCUGAAGCGUUGCUGGAGGCGAUUUCUUUGGGUUACAAAAAUUGCAGCAUUUGAAGGAAAGAAUAAUCAUACCGACUUCCUUCAUAAUCUCCAUGGCCUAUUGUGUCGAAGCCGUCUGGGUGUUGCCGAUGGUAUUGUUCCUCGCGGGCAUGGCGCGACUUUGUCAGGGAAGUCAAUCUCCAUUAAACUUGCCUUCGAAAUUCCGGAUAUUGAAUUAUUAUGCAUUGUCGAUCGAUUUUCCGAAUGUUGGGAGUCGAAGACAAAAGGUACCGCCCACUUAAGAAUUGACCCCAUUUAGGUAUCCAUACCCUUUUUUUUUUUUUUUAAAUCGUAUUUCAAACAAGAAGAGCGAAGGAAUGGAUUUGCCCGCUUGCAAUUUUCUGCCAUACCUUUCGUGCUCACUUUGUUAACAAAAACCAGAAUCGUUGCGUAUAUAUAUUUUUUUGACUGUCGUAUGUAGAUUCAACAUUCUAAAUUGGGCACUAUACAGCGUGGUGCAAAAAGGAGGAAACCACUUUUGACAGGAAUUUUAACCUACUUACUUUACUUAUUU